GCCACACAGCCACUAGCUAGCUCCCAUCCAUCCACAUAAGUUCGUAUCUCACUCUCCGUCGGUGCCGUACAUUCGUUUGUUUUCUCCCACACUCUCCUCCCUCGCCUCCGGCGAGCGCGUCUUCACAGAAGUUAUCGUGCGCCGACGCACCGAAGGGCCACAUUUCCAUCGAGUCUCGACUCUCGACCUGGUCUCGGCGGCGUUGGUCGAUUUGCAACGAGUUUGGCCCUAUUACCUUUUGGGUCGGCACCGUCUCGUCGGAGAAGAAGAAACACGUACGUACGUACAUUAUUGAGGAGAACGAUAUGGUGAACACGAAGGCGGCGGCGCAGGGCGGGGGGCUGCGGCUGGCGUCACUGAACCACAUCUCGGUGGUGUGCCGGUCCCUGGAGAGCUCGCUGGCGUUCUACUGCGACGUGCUCGGCUUCUUCCCCAUCCGCCGACCAGGAUCCUUCGACUUCGACGGCGCAUGGCUGUUCAACUUCGGGAUCGGCGUGCAUCUGCUGCAGGCGGAGGACCCAGAGAGCAUGCCACCCAUGAAGACGGAGAUCGACCCCAAGGACAACCACAUCUCCUUCACUUGCGAGAGCUUGGAGGUGGUCCAGCGGCGGCUCAAGGAGAUGGGCAUCGAGUACGUGCAGCGGCGCGUGGAGGAGGGCGGCAUCUACGUGGACCAGCUCUUCUUCCACGACCCCGACGGCUUCAUGGUCGAGGUCUGCACCUGUGACAACCUCCCCGUCAUCCCCCUCGUGCCCGCGCCGAUCUGCAAGAGGGCCGCCGCCGCCUCCAAGCAGCAGUUCACUGUCCCGGUGGCCGUGGCGGAUCCCGCACCGGCAAAAACUACCGGCGGCGGAUGCAUCGGCGAGGAGGUCGCUGCUAGCGCAAUGAUGGCAUGCCCGGAGCAAGCCUGCAUGCAGGUCUAGCACUCUCCUGUCAUUCCAAGAUGGAACGUUUUGACCAAGUGUCGACCAGAUUUGUUCAUGUUUCGUUGCCCGUGAUUAGCUGUAUUUAGUGUCCUUUGUUUCCAUUAUAUCUUUUUACGUAAAAUGGCCAAUUGUAUUGGUAUAUGCAUCUUCAGGUAUAGCGAGCGAUCUGCGGCGAUCCAUUGAUCUCUUGCGUACAGUCACAGACAGUUAGCGAGUUGCUUUGCACAUGUAUAUUUAUGUUUGCUGAGAUCUGUUCAUUCAGGAGGGUAUCACUCCACAUGUAUUUGUCAUCUAUCCGCAGAAAAAUAAUAUAGCAUCUGUCUACUCACAGAACAUGAUUCAGUGU